CUUCCGCCGAGGUUCCUAAGCUUAUUCCAUUGGUUGAGACCGUAUCAGGAAGUGACGUCCCCCAAAGCAACUUCCUGGUUGUUCUUGUUGUUGUUGUUGUGUAGAGUGGACGGAGUAAGUGAGGGACAUGGUGUGCGAUAAAUGCGAGAAGAAACUGGGCACAGUUAUCACUCCAGACACAUGGAAGUCCGGUGCCAGGAAUACUACUGAAAGUGGAGGCAGAAAAUUGAAUGAGAACAAGGCACUGACAUCAAAAUCAACAAGGUUUGACCCUUACGGGAAAAACAAGUUUGCAAUAUGUCGUAUCUGUAAAAGCUCCGUUCAUCAGCCUGGUUCUCACUAUUGUCAGGGCUGUGCGUAUAAGAAGGAAUUGAUCUUCAUGGAAAAUAAAUGUAGAGGAAGGAGGGUCAAGAUAACACCAACUGCAUCAUGGGAAGCAUCAACCUCCAUAACCUGCUGAAUGAGCCAAAGAAAUGUGUUUGAGAAUCUUGUAAUGGGUUUAUAACAUUUUGGAAAAGCCUUAAUGAAUUUUCUGUAAAAAUUGGCAGAUCCAAUGAAUCUUUGCACAUUCCUUUUAUCAAAGAGCCAUGGCUAAUUAAGGAUAGUCCAUAUCUUCUUGGAAUUCAUUUGAAAUCAAGGAGCAGAGAUAGUAAAGCCUGACAAUUGUAUGCUGACUUUAGCACAGAGCAAGAAUAAGAAGCUUCUUUCUCUUUCACACGAAGAUCAUGUUCCUCCAAAGGUGAUGAAGAGAUAAAAGAGGUCAUUUACUAUAACCCUAAAUGCAAGUGUUGGCGGAAAAAAGAGAGUCCUUUAAAGGAGAAGGAACGGCUAAAACUAAGUAAGCUUUAUCAGAAAGGUCUAUAUAAAUACACCAGUAACCCCUCAAAGUAAUGC